AUGCACGAGCAGUCACUUUUCGCCUCGGUCCCUGUUCAUCAGCAUCAUGAGCUUCUUCAGCAGCUCGCCGGGCUGACUGCUAUGCAGCCCCGCCACUGCCUGGAGCGGCGGAUGAUCUUCAAGGCCUUCCGGAAGCCAGGGCUGGCGGGGCGCACAGGAGCCAGUCAGGAUCUCCAACAGGGCGACCUGCAGCGGUUGAACAAAAUGCUGAAUGGCAACAUGUACUACACGCAAGUCGUCGGACCAGUCACCGAGGCGGACUUUGGAUCUUCCGACUCCGAUGCUCAAAUGAUCGGGACGGAGCCUAUCUACGAUUAUGGCCGACAACCGUGGAAAUUGGAAUUUCGCGACAUUCCCGAAGCUGGGACCCGGUCGGCAGUCACGUCGCGGCUGAUGUCGAGUGCGACCCUGCCGCGGGGGAACAUCAUGCCAUCGAUGCUCGCGUGGGGAUAUCAGUAA